UUUCGCAUAAACAGCAAGUUUUAUACCAGCUCUAGGCGGAAGGCGGUGAUAAAAGAGAAAAAGCCAAAUUUAAAUGAUAUUUUUCCGUUUUAUAUUGCAUCUGAAAUGCAAAUCGCGAUAAGCACCGUACCGCGUAACGUAUUUCAAAGAUCGCGAACGGAUAAAACCACCGUCGAGACGAAAAACCGCGGUGAAAUGUAGAUGCCCACGAGCAGCCGCCGAGCAAUAGCAAUAACAAAAGCAAAAGUGAAAUUAGCGCCGCCAGAGAAGUUCAAGAGGCCAAAAGAUUGGUGGCGCCAUGGAUAACCUCAAGAUUAGCGAUAAACUGUUCGAGGAUGUGAUUUACUUUGUGCUGGGGAACCUGGACGAAGAGAUCGAGCGCUUUCUUAAGAAUGGUGGGGCCCAGUCAAAGUUGUUCUUAUCGGACAAAAUCACACAUAUGAUAUGCGCCUCCAACUACAGCGAAGAGGAGCUGUCGAUGAACCUGGAUUUGUACAGUGCAAUUCCCGUGACGGAGCAAUGGAUCGUUCAUAGCGCCAAGCUGGGUCGGAUGGCCUCGACGCGUGCCUUCGACCCAAGUCCAAAUCAGUUGCGACUAAUGCGCGGGAUUCGGGUGGCCAUAACCAAUGUGGUGGCCGGAGAUCGGAGGCGUUUAUACGCCAUGAUGACCUAUCACGGUGCCGUCGUUACACACAGCUUUGGGGCCACCAACACGCAUCUGGUAUGCGGAGCAGCCAACGGUGGCAUCUAUAACAAGGCGCUGGCGCUGCCCAAGAAUGCCAUCAUUAUUGUGACUCCCGACUGGGUGACGGACAGCCUGAAGUAUAAAAGCUGCAUGCCUGUGGAAUCUUAUCAUCCGAGACUGCUGAAGCCCACUGAAAAGCAGCGAACACAAAAGCAACAGGCUACGCAACAACAACAAAUCCAACAGCAACAAUUGCAACACCAACAACACAUGCAGCAGCAACAAAUACAGCAACAACAGCAGCAGCAGCAACAACAACAGCAACAACAACAGCAGCAACAACAGCAGCAGCAGCAACUACAGCAGCAGCAGCAACAACAGCAGAUUAUACAACAACAGACAUCCACACUCUCGGAUAUUCUUGGCUUUGGCGAGGACAGCGCGGCUGCCAAAAGUAUCGCCAGCAUUAAGUCCCAGUUGCAAGCUUCAGCCGAACAAAUUCAGCAGCAACAGUUGCCCGUGCCAGCCCAGCAGCAGGUGGUAUUUGUACGACCUCAGCCGCAGGGCCAGCAGCAAGCACAGCCAUCGCCGCACCAAUUGCAACAAGGUGGUCCUCAAGCACCUGCUCCAGCACCACACCCACAGCAUCAACAGCAAUUAAUAAUUCAGCAGCAGAAGAUUAUACCUGCCAAUCUGCAGCAGCAGGCACAGAAUCCGCAGCAGAUCAAGAAUAUUUUACAGCAACAGAGGCAAAUAAAAACCACGCAGCAACAAGCUCAGCAGCAACAACAAAUUCAAAUGCUUCAGCAGCAACAGCAACUCAUGCAGCCGGAGCAACAGCCACUUCAACAACAGCAUCCUCAACAACAGCAACAUCAACAGCAGCACCAACAGCAACUUCAACAACAGCAAUCGCCAAGACUGCCAACAACUCCAACAGGUCGGCAAACCCCACGAACACCAUCUACAACGCCGCAGCCCGUUCAGUCCCCUCAACACCACCAGCAGAUUGUACAGCAACAACAGGUGGUGCAGCAACAAGUUGGUCAACAGCAAACAAUAGUGCAACAGCAGCAAAUCGUUCAGCAGCAAGUUGUUCAGCAACAGCAACAACAACCACAACAACAAUCUGUGCCCGUUUCACCGCAAAUCAUACACCAACACCUUAUGCGCCAGCAACAAAUUUUAAGCCAGAAUCAAAUGCAAUUGCAGCAAAUCGUUCAAAGCGGACAGGCAUUAACCCCGCAACAACAACAGCAGCAGAGGCAAAUUCAGCAACAGUUACAACAAGUACUGCAGCAGCAACAGCAAUUGCAAAUGCAAAUGCAGCAACAACAACAGCAACAGAAUCAACAACAACAGUCGCCACGGAUGGUACAAAACCGUUCGCCGGUAAUGCCACCAAGUACUCCAUCUCCAUCGCUACAGCAGCAACAACAUCACGCUACCAGCAAUAUGUUGCCACCACAAUCACCACGCCAACUGCAAUCGCCAGCUCCACAAAUGACACCGCCACCACCACCCUCGCCGCAAAGUGCUCAACAACAACAUUUGCGCCAGCAGCAACAGCAAAUUCAGCAGAGUCGCCAGCAACACAUGAUGGGGUCACCUCAGCAACCACAACCGCCUUCUAUGAUGUCACCACAGCAACAGCAACAAAUGCAGCCCUUUCAACAGCCCGUCCACCAACAACAGCGAAUGCAAUUGCAACAGCAACAACAAUUGGCCCAGCAACAACAACAACAGCAACAGAGUCCUCAGCAUAUUUCACCACAAUCACCCCAGAUUUCCCAAACUCCACCCAUGCAGACAAAGUUGCACCAGCAUCAGACUGUUCCAGGCCAUGCCGCUCAGCCGCAGCAAUCAUUCUCCCAGCAGAAGCCUAUAGACCCAACGGACCCUGUUCAAGUGGCUCAAGUUCUAAGUCGUUCUGCAUUGAGCAGUAACCAGGACUCAUUAAUAAUGAGGCAACAACAACUAAAGCAGCAACAGCAAUUGCAACAACAGCAACAAAUGACAACGCAGCCACAGCAGCAGCAAAUGGCACAGCAACCACAGCAGCAACAACCACAACAGCAACAUACCCCGUCACCGCGACAAUCACCAUUACAGCAGCCACCCACCACGCCCACCUUACAACAGCAGCCACAACAACAAAAUCCUCAACAAAUUCAACAACAGCAGCAACAGGUCCUCACACAGCAACAACCGCAGCCUGGGCAACAGCAACAACAAGUCAUCACGCAGCGACACGUGAUUAACACAUCAACGGCUCAAGGACAGCAAAUCAUUCAAAGUCAUAUGUCUUUGGCUUUGCAGAAGCAGCAGAUGUUGCAUGUUCAACAACAAACACAACAGCAGCCACAGCAGCAACAACAGCUUCCGCAAGUGCAGCAACUUCAAUCGGGACAGCAACAGCAGCAACAACAACAGCUUCCACAGCAGCACCCACAACAGCAACAAGUUCAAUUUACACAACAGCAGCCAAUUGCACUUGGAGCUGGUGGUCAAGUUAGAAUAAUUCAGCAAACGAUCCAACGCCCACCAACAAACGUCCAGCAACAACAACAGGUUCCGCAACAACAGCAACAGAUAAUCGGACAAUUUCCACAGCAACAGCAACUGCAACAACAACCUCAACAACAAAUUCUUGGAGUCCAGCAGCCACAGCAGCAGCAACAACAAAAAACUUUUAUUAUCAGUCAGCAGCACUUUAAUCAGCUUAGCGUGCAACAACAACAGCAAAUUCUGGCACAAAAUCCGCAAAGCCAAAACGUUUACGUGGUCAAUCAGACCCAACAGCAACUUGUACAACAACAACAAAUGCUGCAGCAGCAGCAGAUAAUACCACAGCAGCAACAACAACAGAGAAUGCAAGUGCAGCAGCAGCCGCAGCAAAUUGUUGUCAAUCAACAGAUACUUAGCGAUCCGCAGCGAUUGCAGUAUCUACAACAACAGCAGCUGAUGCAAAAACAGCAGCAGCAGCAACAACAACAACAACAACAACUUGUGGGGCCGCCACAGCAACAAAUACUUAUACAGCAACAGCAAACCCCCCAACAACAACAGAUAUUGCAACAGAAGCUUUCCAACGAUCCUCAGCAACAACAGCAGCAACAAAUAAUGCAGCUUAUCACGCAACAACAACUCCCGCAACGCACGCCGCCACCGCAGCAACAACAACAGCUAAUGCUUCAGCAACAACAGCAAUCUCCGCAACACCAUCAGCAAAUGACACAACAGCAUUGGUCGCCGCAGAGCCCUGCUGGCGGUCAGAUGGCGCCCAGCACUCCGGGAACACCUACAAGCAGUGUCGGGAUGCAAUCACCUUUGCCCGGCGGACCGACAACUCCCCAGCAGCAGUCGCAACAACAACAGCAAUUCGUACCGCGUGGGUUGCGGCCGCAAACCUCAUGGCCCGGACAGCCGCAGCAGCAGCAGCAACCACAACCUCUGCAGCAGCAGCAACAGAUUGUACUUCCGCCACCUCAACAACAACAACAGCAGCAACAGGCACAGGUUGGCCAACAACAACAACUGAUAUUGCAGCAGCCACAGCAACAGAAAAUAGUUGUGGAUGAAAAAACUCACGCGCAUCUGAUGUCAUUAGAUGCUGUAAAAAGAGCAGAGUACAUCACCAAGUUAAACUCGCAAAAUAAGCCACGGGUAAUGCUUCGCCAGCAGGUUGCCUACCCGGCACGACCCGGUGCGCCGGGCAACAUAGUAGCAACACGUCCUGCCGGCCCAGUUCCUCCGGGGCAUUUUAUCGUCCAACACCAAAUGCCACCUGGACUAACGCAACAGCAACAGGUGGCCUGGCUGCAGCAGCAACAAGGCAAAAGACAAGUGGUGGUACGCGCCGGAACUCCUGGGCUAAGUCCCAUUCAGCAACAGCAGGGUGUGGGACCGCCGCAACAGCAACAGUCGCCGCAGCAACAGCCCUUUAACCCCAAUGAUCCCAACCAGCAAAUGCUAAUGCAGCGACAACAGUUGCGAGUCCAACAGAUUCCAAUCCAGCAGCAAGGCCCUCAGCAGCUGGGUAAGCAAACGGUGCAGCUUAUCACUGGACCUAAUGGGCAGCUGAUCGAGCAACAGACUAUCGUUCAACAACCUCAGCAACAGUCCGCUCCUGGAACGCCUACAACGCCAGGUGCUGGAGGUGUUCUCCCUGGAAAUGCUAAUAUAAUGACGCAAACUCUAGUCAUGACAUCAACAACUCCCGACGGACAGCCACAACAAACACCCCAGCAAAUGAACCUGAAAACCAAGACAGCCCUGGCCAACAUGUUAAGCAAUCGCUUAGGAAAUAAUGGUGUUCAGACAUCACAACAGCAACUAAUUCAACUUCCCGAUGGUCAACAGCAACAGCAGCCUCAGCAACAGCAGAUUGUGCAACAGGUAGUGGUAACCGGAGCUAUUCAGCAGCAGCAGCAACAAUUGCUACUACAGCAACAGCAGCAGCAACAACAAAUGGUUGUCCAACAGCAACUGCCACAGCAGCAACAUGUCGAGCCCCCGUCAGCAGCUGGAGCUCUUAGAAUGAUGGGUCAGCAACACAACGCAUCUGCUGGAGUGCCUGGACCUCCGCGAACGCAGCAGGAAUUGUUGAUGCUGCAGCAGCAACAACAGCAACAACUGCUUCAACAGCAGCAAAUGCGCAGAGUUGUUACCCUUCCGCAACAACAGCAGGCACCGCAGCAACAUCUGGUCCAGCAGCAGAUCGUAGUCGCUCCGCCUCAAUCCCCGCAGCAGCAGCAACAGAUGGCUGUAGGUGUAGGAGUGGGUGUACCAGUGCAGCGGACGCCCCACGGAUACAUUCAAGCCCGUCCUGGACAGCCACAGAUACCUUUGCCGCAAUUUUACGGUCACAAUCCGAACCUGAAGUUGCCAGCCGAUCUGUUCCUGGUGGGCUGCACAUUCUACAUCGUGGAAUACGACGAAACAGAUGGCGAUGAGCUUCCCAUAUGGUUAGAUACUAUCAGGCAGUUUGGCGGUGACAUUGAACGGGUCUACUGCCCUAGGGUGACACACGUUAUUUGCCGCACUCAGCGGCACGGCGUAGUGAUGCAGGCAUUGCGUGAUGCUAAGCGCUGCGUUACAGCCUAUUGGCUGAGUGAUAUUUGUUUAAAACGGCAACUAAUGCCUCCGUGGCAGCCCCUUCACCUGCCCUUUCCCAGCCAGUUUGGCUAUCGUAAGCCAUUAGAACGCUACAUUAUAACGUCGGAGGGAUUUGAGGGAGAGGAGGUGGUGAGGUUGCAGCAGAUGGCCGAAGAAUGUGGAGCCAUUUACACCUCCUAUCUGUCCAAAGUAAACACGGUGGUCGUGUGCAAGCAGCUAGAGGGCAACAAGUUCAAUGCAGCUAAGGAGUGGAACAUUCCGAUGGUCAAUGCCCUCUGGCUAAGCGACGUCUGCAUCGGCAACCUUAGCGGCCUCUCUCAGUACGACAAUCCCAAAUACCAGCAGUACAAUCUUGCGGCACCCUUCCGAAUCGAAUGCAACUUGGUGGCGCACCUUUUAACUGCUUGGAAAGCACCUAUCAAUCUUACUCAGGAGGCUCACGAACGAGUCAAGCGUCAUCUGUCCGAUCCCUACGGCAACGAACACAAAAUUAAACGCCAAAAGAUGAACUCAUUCCAACAGGAGCAGCUGCCAGAGCAAAUUGUCUGCCUUGAAUAUCCCACAACCACCAAACCGCCCAAAGUUAUAUUCUCCCAGGUCGCAGAUGUAGAGGCACUUAAAAAAGCAGUGUUGAUUUUGGGUGGAAUUGUGGUGGACAGCCCUGCAGAUGCUACUCACCUGGUUAUGACACGCGAGAGUCGUACCUGCAAGCUAAUUCAGGCCUGUUGUCAUGUGGACUAUGUACUCAAGUCUAGUUGGAUUGCAGACAGUGCCAAGGCUGGUAAAUUUGUGCCAACCGAUCCAUAUCGCAUCCAGCAUAUACCAGUGGACGAGAACCUACAGUUUAAUCUGAACACUGUUCUUUGUGCACCUACACGCUCCACGUUGUUUGCCGGAAAAUACUUUCACGUGACGCCGGACGUAUUUCCAGCCCGUGAGGAAAUCAUUAGAAUGAUUGAAUCGUCUGGGGGAAAAGUAGAGUUAAAACGAAGAAGCGGUGCUGCUGUGGCGGAAACACAUAUGCAAGCGCCCGACUCCUAUAUCAUAGUGACCUGUCCAACUGAUAUGCAUCUCUGUGCGGAUCUCACGCGGCAUGGAAACCCAAAGUGUCAUAUUGUGUCCACGGAGUUUGUCAUGAGUUCGAUACUUAAACAACAGCUUGAGAUUGAACCCAACCUUAUACCCUAUUUGUAUAACAAUAACAAUGUUAAUAGCUGCAAUAGUAACAAGUCCUAGCGCCGAGUGUUUUGGUUAUUGUAGAGCUUAGAUUAGGUCUCAGAUGCAUUGUAUAGUCACAAAGGAAUUUAUGCUAUCUGUAUAUAAGUAUGAAAAAAUUAUGGCAGGGAAAAAUUAAGCCCCAUUAAAGAGUCAUUGGCCGAUUAAUGCAAAUAUAAGUAGCCAGUCCCAUUUCUUAUGAUACAUUAACACAAAAUUAGUUUAGAGAAUUUGUCAAUUCAUUGUUUCAUGCCAGAAUGACAGAAUUUAAAUGGUCUUGGGCACAUCGGCAUAUCGGUCAUAGUAAUAAGCACUACUUUAAACUAUAAAUUUUCUUUAUAUUUGUCGUAGAAGAACACAACGUACGUCCAAAAACCAACCAAAUGUUUAAGCGUCAAAAUGUGCAAAUUUAUUAAAAUAUUCUUAAGAGAAUAAUCGUCUCAUUUCAAAAAUCCUCUAAUUCUAUUUGUAUAUACAUUUUGGGCGUUCCAUAUAUACAUUGCUGAUGACUAUAAAAGUUCAUAUUUUAUUUGGCUUAAAAAAUUGUAUAAAUAAAGUAUUGCAAUAUUUGGACGUCCCCUAGCAAGAUCAUAAUUUUCUUAUUAUUAAUAAAUUGUUCAUAACUGAGUAAGAGCUCGACCGAUAUGUAUAACGUAGCACAUAACGAAGAACUACCUUAAUUAGUGUUAGGAUAAAAGAUUCAAACAAUCAUUUAUAUAUUUUUGAAGGUUCAGGAACCUAUAUAGCUUUAGGAAGUCACACAAAUAUACACACAUAUUUCCUAGAGUAUACGAAUAUUUCACAGAAAUUGAUAUUGUCGGCUAUUAGUAUUUUAAGUACUUUUCACGUAGGUAAAUCCAAUAUUUUCACACUUAAUAUUAAUACUAGUUAGGCAUUGUACUAAAUGUAUGAAAAAUAAAAUAAUGUUAAAUCAUAA